CUUAAGGAAAUUCUGAACAAUCUUACAAGAGAAAAUGUCUCUGAUGCAGAAAUCUGGAUUGGUCUAAAAGAUAUAAAUAUGACCAAUGGAACUUGGAGCAACGGUGAAACAUUUACCUACACGAAACUGGAAUAAAGGGGAACCAAACAAUAAACAGUUAGCCUGUGGCACCAUGUACUACAACAGAAAUAAAGUAAAACCGAAUGGCACCUGGAAUGACUGUGGUUGUCAAUACACUAAGUCAUUCAUCUGCUAUGCAGUAAAAAGAAAGUUCCAUGCAGUGAACAUCAGUAUGUCUUGGCUCUCAGCUCUUGAGCACUGCAAUUCCAAUUACAGUGGCAUGGCCACCAUCCGAAAUGAAAGAGAAGAGUGGCAUUUGCUGAAGUCCAUCAAUGAAACCAACAUACGGGAGAAAGUGUGGAUUGGGAUGAGGAGCUCCAGGGUCUUUGGAUUCUGGUUCUGGAUGAACGAUGACCCAGUCACUUAUGAAAACUGGGUAAAUGAUUCCUCAGUGACCCUUGAAGAUAACAGGCACUGUGCCAUCCUGGAUCUAAAUCAGACGGAGUGGGUCAAGCAGGACUGUGCAGGACCAGCCCAAUUUGUCUGCUACAGAGAGUGCACUGACCAGCCAUCACAGCAAUUCUGCUGAUGAAGUAUGGAGGACUGAUCCAACCCUGCAGACUGCACAGCUUUGCUCAGGGCACUUGUACCUGUGGUUCUCCUUCACAUCUACAGUGAAUAAAUGAAUCAAAGAGCUAAUUAACAACUGAAGUCUCCUCAUGUGGUGUCUAUACUAUAUUCAGGAAUUAGAAGCAUAAAGACCUAAAUCUUAAUAACGCAAAUAGACUGAAACAUCCAACAAACCUCCCCUGCUAAUUUCACUCUCCACUGGCUUCCCUUUUUCUCCUUGUUGCAAUAUAUUCAUGAAAGUUACAUUUUGUUCUAGAAAUUCGUUCACGUUAAAAUCCCUCAAAUCUUUACUUUUCUGCACCAAAAUGGUUCUCUCCUCUGAUUCAUUUUGCCACCUUUGACAUUUUCAAGUCCAGUUUAAUUCAGUUCAAUCUGAUUUUUAUUUGUAUAGCGCUCUUCACUGACUGAAGAUUCAGAGCACUGAAACAAGUUAACAGAUAACAUAACAGUGCAAAUGUUACAAGCUGCUGAAAAUGAACAUACACAAAAAUAUGCAGUAUGCAUAAAAUGCAGUAAAACAAAGCAACUUCAAAUAGAUUAACAUUAACAUGUCCAAACCUUACAGCUCCAUUAAUGUUAUCAUUGAGAAAUGGCCUGCUGAUAACAGAGGAGAUGAGUAAAAACUUCAGCCAGCAACAUCCAUGGAGAAAAUGAACUACAUGGGAUUAACAGACAGUUAUAACAGAGAAAGUCUGCCACAGUCACAGUCCUGGCUGCCCGUUUCCUCCUGUUGUGGUGUGAAAUUUAGCAUAUAAGUUGAUAAA